GGAAGAGCACUGGAGGAGAAGAGAAAAACAGAAGGCUAUUAGAAAGUGAAGAUAGAGGAAGAAAAAGAGAGAUUUGAUGGAUCCGUUACCUAUGGAUUCAGGAACAGUGGAUGAGUUGAUGGACUUCUGCAUACAGUCCUUCGACAGUGAAGGUACAAUUAAAGAUGCCUCCUUUGUGAAAAUGUUUCUGAUGAUGCAUCCUUGGUACAUAUCUUCCACUGAUCUGUCCAAGAAACUGCUGCUAAAGUCACAGGAGGGCAGCACUGAUGAGAUCAGAGCUAAAAUAUGCCACCUUGUAAAGUACUGGAUUUCUGAAUUUCCCGUAGAGUUUGAUCUCAAUCCUGCUUUGGCUGACCAGAUUAAAGACCUGAGAGAGAACCUGAACACUGGCGGCAAUGAAACACAGAGUCAGCUUAUUGAUGUAGAGAGUGUGCCCUCGUAUAAAUGGAAACGCCAGGUUACCCAAAGAGUUCCAUCAAUGUCAAAAAGGAGAAAAAUGUCCCUUUUGUUUGAUCACCUGGACCCCUGUGAGCUUGCUGAACAUCUGACCUAUCUGGAGUACAAAUCCUUCUGCAAGAUAAUGUUUCAGGAUUACCACAGCUUUGUGAUGCACGGCUGCACGGUAGAUAACCCCAUCCUGGAGAGGUUUAUUACCCUCUUUAACAGCGUCUCGCAGUGGAUUCAGCUGAUGGUUCUGAGUAAACCCACCGCACCGCAGAGAGCUGCUGUGAUCGCGCACUUCAUAAAGGUUGCACAGAAACUACUGCAGUUGCAGAAUUUCAACACGCUGAUGGCAGUGGUCGGGGGUCUCAAUAACAGCUCCAUCUCUAGGCUGAAAGAGACACAGGCACACAUCAGCAACGAAACCAAUAAGAUCUUUAACAGUUUGUUAGACAUGCUGACAUCCUGUGGAAACUACAGUCAGUAUCGGCGCCGAUUUGCAGAGUGCACUGGUUUCCGAUUCCCAAUCUUGGCUGUUAACCUCAAGGACUUGAUAGCUGUUCAUGUCGCUCUGUCAGACUGGGCAGACCCACAGAAGACCCGCGUCAACUUGACUAAAACUCAGCAACUCUAUGCCAUCCUGCAGGAAUUGGCCCUUGUGCAGAACAAUCCUCCUAACAUUGAGGCCAACACAGACUUGCUCAAUCUACUUACAGUAUCAUUGGAUCAGUACCACACAGAAGAGGAGAUUUAUCAGCUCUCAUUACAGAGGGAACCCAGAGCUGCAAAACCAGCGAACUCAACCUCCUCCUCCAGUCCAGCUCCUAAACAACUCUCAAUGAUUGAUGAGUGGGCAGCGUCAGUCAAGCCUAAAGCUAAUCCUGUUAUUAUCAGCAAACAUAUUGAGAAGAUGGUGGAAUCUGUGUUCAAGAAUUUCGACUCAAACGGCGACGGGUUCAUCUCACGUGAGGAGUUUGAGUGUAUCAGGAAUAACUUUCCUUAUCUCAGCAAGUUUGGAGAACUCGAUAAAAAUCAGGAUGGAAAGAUCAGCAGAGACGAGAUGAUUGAUUACUUUAUGAAGGCCAGUUCUUUGCUCAACUGUAAGAUGGGCUUCAUACACACCUUUAUUGAGACCACAUACGUUAAACCAACCUUCUGCGAACACUGCGCUGGCUUUAUAUGGGGCUUUUAUAAACAAGGAUACAAAUGCAAAGUUUGUGGUGUGAACUGUCAUAAAGCAUGUCAAGGACGCCUGACGAUCGAAUGUCGUAAAAGAACAAAGAGCAUCAGUCAUGAGACGCCACCAGCUUUACAGUCCAGAUCCUUCAGCUUUCCUCUGCCCAGCAAUGCCCCAUCAAACCUGCAGAACACGGUCAUCACAGAAGAGGAUGUUGAGGCAGCUGAACAGGGUGUAUUUGACUGUCACCUCUAAACUGAUUUUUGUCUGACGUCACGAAUGGACAGCAUGUCAACAAUGAGUCUUGCGUUGGGGCGAAUUUCUUCCAAUCACACCCACUGGAACAAUGUUGAAGGAUAAAAAAGAUCUAGAGUUAGGGUCAAAUAAUGGGAUCGACUGAGUUCACUCGUUAUCACACAUGGUGAGACACGGACAUGCUGCUAUCUGCUGGACUGAAGCUGCAACUGCUGACCAGAUCAACCACCUCUUCCUGCAGAAGCCUGAAUGUAAUCGUACAUAUCUCAAAAUCUCAAGCAUAUUUGUAAGAUUUAUCAUCAUGUUGUAUAUUCUUCCCAGGUUGCUUGACACACCUUGUAAUUUAACUUUUGUAAAUAAAAAAAGGAAAAAUGAGAAAAAAUGAAAGAGAAGGAAGAAUUUUCAGUGACUGUGUUCUGAGGUACAGAAAAGGCUUUUUUUUUUUUUUCAUUGUAGUAAUAAGAUCUUUUUGUGAAUGCAACUAAAUUGGAGCUUAUUGUCACCAAAGCAGUUUUGUUGGCUGAAUUUCAGUGUAAACUCAUGGUGGCAUAGAUCAGGUGUGUGUUUGCAUCUGAAAAAUUAUGCAAUCAGCUUUAAUUGUCUUUAAACCUUUGAAUUUAAUCAAAAUGGGAAAGACAGGAAGAUUUUUUUUUAAUGAUCUAUAUUGAGAGAGUUAACCUCAAUAAAAGAUAGUACUGAUAUUCCAGCUGUAACUGAAUGUUAAAUGUAUAAAAACUAAAACAAUGAUCUACAAAAUGAGGCAAAUAUAUAGAAUUACAUUCAAAGGCCUGCCUUUCACGCCACAAAUACUGUGUGUGAACAAGAUUUUGAACAGAAACAAUGAAUUUCUGUAAAGAAAUACCUUUACCCAACAUUUACAUUUACCCAACAAAGUUUUGUUUUUCUUCACUUGGUGAAGGAACAAGCUGGCAAAUAAGAUAUCAGCUUUGGGUCACAUGUCCAGAGCCUUUUCCAUUUGUAUAGCUGAGUAUUAAACACUAACCAGUACAAAUCUGUAUUCAUUAAAAUGGUCAGUCAGUCUUGAUGGUUAUAUGGCUCCAUCCACUCUUGAGGAUUUUAAUGAUCCCCAACACCUCAUCCUAGCAUACUUCACUCUAAAGUCAUUAGAUAUGAGAAAAUGAAACAAAAUCUUUAUGGGGAGAUGACAUUAUCAUGGCCUUUUGCUGAUGAAAUAAGUCUAAUUAGAUAAUAAUUACAAGUAGUUCUUGUGGUUGUGUGUUUAAAACAUAUGAAACAUCCCUUUUAAAAAAAAAAUUCUGGCUUUGUUGUGAGAUGCCAAAAACGUCAUCUGUUUCACAACAUCAGGUCCAUGUUUCCAAUCUGAGAAUAUCCCCAUUCUCUUUUUAACGUACUGUAUGUUGUAGCAUUAGAUGUUAAAAUGUGAUUUCCAAAAUUCUUCCAAUGAUCUGAGAAACUGUCAAUAUCAGUCUGGGAAAUCUGUUAGGUAGGCAUGUAACACAUGUAUUGUAUGCAUAUUUACUGAUAUGCUCUUUUAAGAUAUCCUAUGCUGUUUUGUUGAAUGUGUUGUUUUUAUAUGUACAGUGUUUUGUCAUUACUUAAAAAAAAGGGGAAGGACGAUGUGUUUAGAGUGAGAAUGUAUUUUACAUUGAAGUAAAUUUGUGGUGUUGCACACUUAUGGUUGUUAUGUAAUACAAAGAAUGACUUCUUUUUUCUUGGUGAUGAUUGAAUGUAUUUUUCUCAUGCAACUAACUUUUUUUAAUGUGCAGGUCUGUCUUUCAGUGACAAUAAAUAUUGAUAUGAAAAAUGUCUA